GUGCAUGUCUGACUCAACAUGGCAGUACACACUGCAGACUUUGAUCUGAAACUACAGGAGACAAAGUAAAAUAAUAUGCUACCUUUGCCGGUGCACUGGGUGGGGAGAGAGUGAGAGUCACAAGUUCGCUUUGGUUGUAUACAAUGCAGACACGGAAGGGGCUGUUUGUGAUGGCCGUGUCUCAGUGGAUGUUCUGUGCUGCAGUGCUGCUCCUCCUCAUCCAGGGGCUCCAGUGUUCUCCCGUUCCCCCUGCUUGUCCGGAGCCCUGCCUUUGUCAGAAAGAUCUGCUAAAUUGUUCCUUCGCUGGCCUUUCCCAGGCCCAACAACAUGUUCCAUCCACUGUCACUGAACUAGAUCUAUCUCACAACCUCCUGAAGUCCAUUACCCCCUCAUGGCCAAGUUGGGGGCUUAAGAAUCUAUGGCUUGGACACAACAGCAUCACUCACCUGUCUCUGUGUGUGCGGAGGACCUGGAGGGGUAAACAUUGGAAAAUCCCCCUCUCACAUAGCCGAGGGAGAUGUGUGUCCUGGGCCCCAACUCUGCAGCUGCUCUCUGCUGAGAGGAACCAGCUAGAGAUGAUUCCUGAAGGCCUGGGAGGCAGUGAGUUCCUACAGGUGCUGCAGCUCUCCCACAACAGGAUCUCUGACCUGCGACCUGGAGACCUGAGCAGGUGCCCCCUUCUGAGAGAGCUCCACCUGCAGCACAACCGUAUCUCCAGCCUCCACCCACAGGCCCUGAGGGACCUGCCAGAGCUCAGGGUCCUGGAUCUGAGCUUCAACUUGUUGACCACGAUCACUCCAUCAGCCUACCUGCUGCGUAACCUGAAUGCCCUGGUGGAGGUGAGUGGGAACAGGUGGAGGUGUGAUUGCAGCCUGAGGAGCUUGAGGAGGAAGAUGGCCUACGACAGGGACAGGGCCCUGCAGCAGACCUGGAGGGGGGUGGUGUGUACGUCCCCCUCCACCCAGGCAGGUAGAGACCUGUUACACCUGGAGGACAGGGACCUCACCUGCUCUACAGCUGAGAACAGGGCAGGGCUCCACCAGGAUGUGACAGUGGAUAAAGGGACAGAGAUCCUGCUGCCCUGUGGCUCUCCAAAGCAAGAUUCAAUAUGGUGGACGCCCAAUGGACAAGUUCCUGGGAGCCAGGCAGGCCUGCUGAUCAGUGACAUCACAGAGCGAGACGCAGGACUGUACGUGUGCGUCUCUGGGCCAGACGAGGAGUCUGUGUCUGUAUUCAACCUGCGCGUUCACAAGACACAGAGGAAAACCAGAGACACUAGGAGUUUACUCAGGGAGCGGCUACAGAUUAACCCAGAGUUAGGCAGCAUCCAGGGGGAAGGUCAGGAGACAGACCUGAACUCUCUAGACCUCCACAGGGCUACCCAGAGAACACAGUCUGACUUGGUCCUGGCUGUCUGCCUGUCUGUGUUCAUCACCUUCCUGGUAGCAUUUGUAAUUGGUGCUCUGACCAGACCUCUCCUGGACGCUCUCUGGAGGAGGUGCUGUAGCUGCUGUAACCGUACCAAGCAAAGCGCCUCCCCACCACAAUCGGUCUCCUCUGCUGGGCAGGCCCCCUACGACAACAUGGCCUAUUCAGAUGAGGAUGAGCGAGAGGAACUAGGGACACCCAGGGAGAGGAGAGUGACAUUUAGCGGACAUCCUUCAGAACUAAGGGAUCAGAAUAGCAUUCCAUACUAUGAUACUUUGGCUAAUGGCAUGCAGGACAACCUCGCUGGGGAAUAUGAUGCAACAUAUGAGAAUGUUCAGGAGAGGGAUACCUCACACCCCUCCCUUGAGGUCUAUCACCCGCCUGAGGAGGAGAAGCCUAGGGCACGGGACUCUGCCAGCUCAGGAAGCCUCCGACAUGACAACCCAGAGACAGACACUCACAGUGGAGACCUCUCUGAUAUGUCUCUGAGUGAAUCACAAAGGGGCGCUUACUCAGGCCAUACCCACGACAUGGAGUUUGAAUCCAUCCCUGACCCAGAACAGUUGCAGGGGUGUCGAAGCUCGUCUGUGUCUUCACACUCUGGCCAGGAGAGUCCAGAUAGGGGUAAGGAUAUGAACUGGCCCAAAGACAAUUUGACUCAGAGACUGGAGGAGCGCAAGACCCAGAAUAAUUCCUGGGAGCAUCGAACCACCCAGAAGGAAGACGACUCCUUUGAGCAGAGUUCAGAUUUCCCUACGGUUAAACCAGUUGAUGUGCCACAGAUCAACAUUGGCAGAGUGGGUGAGAUCCCUGGAUUUGCUUAUCUCAACCCCAUGGAUCCUGAGCUGUGGAAUGACAGCGGAGAGAGCUUUGAGUUCCCUGAUUCCAUCCAAAGUGCAUCGGCACGGUCCAGUAGUCAAGAUCUCUCAGGUUCUGCUUUUGCCGAUCAGUUGAGAAAAGAGUAUGAACAAGCGCGGAAUAAAGAAACACUUGUGAAAGACCGGAGGGAGAAUGAUAAGUCCAGCUCCAGCAACUCAAGUGACAGUGGGAAUGAACCUACAGAGUACACUGUGAACCCAGAGGCGGAGGUAGUGAAGGAGAAGGAGAUUUUCCAGGAUGCACUGCUUACACAUGAUAGCACCACAGACCUUGCUGCAGCGAACCCCUAUCUCAAACAUGAUGUCAGUUUGGACAAGCAGCACUAUAAGGACCCCGUCAGUCCCUCUCCAGAUGAGGAAGGAUUUCAUGUGAGUGAACCGAGACAGGGAGUUCAACGCUCUCAUGUGUUUUCAGAGCACUCUGAUUUGUCCAGUGAUAGUAGUGAUGAACCCACAAAGUACACAGUGAACAGGGAUAGUGAUGAGGAAGAGGAGGAUGAAGCUCAAGUCCCAGCUGUCACACACAAAGGUCCAUAUCUCAGUCUUGGAGACAUUAAUGUAUCUUUGGCCCCAAGGAAAGCUCUCAAUAUUGGCUUCUCCGAGGAUGGUUUUCAAUAUCAACCAGAGCCUGAGACAAGGUUGACUGGCUUGGAUCUAACCACCCAGAGUGCCAUCAGCACAAAGGAGCCCCUUCCCCAACCUUCAUUGCCCUCAGAUGUGGCAAGGGUUGAAGAUCCACCAGUUUCAGUCUACAUCCCCAGAGUCCGUAAGCGUUUAGAUAUUCAGCCUCCUCAGGAAGCUUCACCUGCUCCCGCAAAAACACCACCACCCUCUGAAUCCUCUUCCAGCAGUGAGAGUGAAGAUGAGACUACAGAUAACUCAGUGAAACUUGACAGAGAGGUCCCAGAUGUGUCACAGAAGAAUUCAUCUCUCAGUCUUGGAGACAUUAAUGUCUCUUUGGCUCCAAGGAAAGCUCUCAAUAUCGGCUUCUCCAAGCAAGGUUUUCAAUAUCAACCAGAGCCUGAAAAAAGGUUGACUGGCUUGGGUCUUUCUUUCCAGAGUGCCAUCACCCCAAAGGAGCCUUCAUUGCCCUCAGACGGGACAAGGGCUGGAGAGUCUCCAGCUCCAUUCUAUAUCCCCAGCCUCGGGAGACGUCUGGAUAUUCAGCCUCCUCAGGACACUCCACUUGCUCCACCACGAACACCACCACCCUCUGGUUCAUCCUCUUCUAGAAGUGAAAGUGAGGAUGAGACUACAAUGAAUCAAAAAAGAGAAGUCAAGUCUCAGGUCCCAGAUUCAUCUUUCAUUCCCGCAGGCAUUGAUGUCUCUUUUGCUCCAAGGAAAGCUCUCAAUAUUGGCUUCUCCAAGGAGGGUUUUCAAUAUCAAUCAGAGCUUGAGACAAGGUCGACAAGCUUGGAUCUCUCCUCUCAGCGUGAUAUCACCCCAAAGGAGCCGCUUCCCCAACAUCGAUUCCCAGAAGGGACAACGACUAGAGAGACUCCACUAGAUAUCCCCAGCCUCAGGAGACGUUUAGAUAUUCAGGCCACUCAGGAAACUCCACCUGCUGCCCCAGGUUCACGCCCACAUGCUGGUUCAUCCUCUUCUAACAGUGAAAGUGAGGAUGAGACGACAAUGAAUCAAAAAAGGGAAGAGAAAUCUCAGGUCCCAGAUUCAUCUUUCAUUCCCGAAGGCAUUGAUGUCUCUUUUGCACCAAGGAAAGCUCUCAAUAUUGGCUUCUCCAAGGAGGGUUUUCAAUAUCAAUCAGAGCCAAGUUUGACUGGCAUGGGUCUAACCUCCCAGAUUACCAUCAGUACAAAGGAGCCCUUUCCCAAAUCUUCAAUUCCCUCAGAUGGGACAAGGGAUGAAGAGUCUCUAGUUCCACUCUAUAUCCCCAGUUUCAAAAGACAUGUGGACAUUCAGCCUCCUCAGGAGACUCCACCUGCUGCCCCACAAACACCACCACCCUCUGGCUCAACCUCUUCUGGAAGUGAGAGUAAGGAACUUGACAGAAAGGUCCCAGAUGUCACACACAAUGAUCCAUUUCUCAGUCUUGGAGACAUUAAUGUCUCUAUAGCCCCAAGGAAAGCUCUCAAUAUCAGCUUCUCCAAGGAGGGUUUUCAAUAUCAACAAGAGCUUGAGACAAGGUCGCCUAGCUUGGAUCUCUCCUCUCAGAGUGAUAUCACCCCAAAGGAGCCACUUCCCCAAAAUCGAUUCCCAGAAGGGACAACGACUAGAGAGACUCCACUAGAUAUCCCCAGCCUCAGGAGACGUUUAGAUAUUCAGGCCACUCAGGAAACUCCACCUGCUGCCCCAGGUUCACGCCCACAUGCUGGUUCAUCCUCUUCUAACAGUGAAAGUGAGGAUGAGACGACAAUGAAUCAAAAAAGGGAAGAGAAAUCUCAGGUCCCAGAUUCAUCUUUCAUUCCCGAAGGCAUUGAUGUCUCUUUUGCACCAAGGAAAGCUCUCAAUAUUGGCUUCUCCAAGGAGGGUUUUCAAUAUCAAUCAGAGCCAAGUUUGACUGGCAUGGGUCUAACCUCCCAGAUUACCAUCAGUACAAAGGAGCCCUUUCCCAAAUCUUCAAUUCCCUCAGAUGGGACAAGGGAUGAAGAGUCUCUAGUUCCACUCUAUAUCCCCAGUUUCAAGAGACAUGUGGACAUUCAGCCUCCUCAGGAGACUCCACCUGCUUUCCCACAAACACCACAACCCUCUGGCUCAUCCUCUUCUGGAAGUGAGAGUAAGGAACUUGACAGAGAGGUCCCAGAUGUCACACACAAGGAUCCAUUUCUCAGUCUUGGAGACAUUAAUGUCUCUAUAGCCCCAAGGAAAGCUCUCAAUAUCAGCUUCUCCAAGGAGGGUUUUCAAUAUCAACAAGAGCUUGAGACAAGGUCGCCUAGCUUGGAUCUCUCCUCUCAGAGUGAUAUCACCCCAAAGGAGCCACUUCCCCAAAAUCGAUUCCCAGAAGGGACAACGACUAGAGAGACUCCACUAGAUAUCCCCAGCCUCAGGAGACGUUUAGAUAUUCAGGCCACUCAGGAAACUCCACCUGCUGCCCCAGGUUCACGCCCACAUGCUGGUUCAUCCUCUUCUAACAGUGAAAGUGAGGAUGAGACGACAAUGAAUCAAAAAAGGGAAGAGAAAUCUCAGGUCCCAGAUUCAUCUUUCAUUCCCGAAGGCAUUGAUGUCUCUUUUGCACCAAGGAAAGCUCUCAAUAUUGGCUUCUCCAAGGAGGGUUUUCAAUAUCAAUCAGAGCCAAGUUUGACUGGCAUGGGUCUAACCUCCCAGAUUACCAUCAGUACAAAGGAGCACUUUCCCAAAUCUUUAAUUCCCUCAGAUGGGACAAGGGAUGAAGAGUCUCUAGUUCCACUCUAUAUCCCUCGCUUCAGGAGACAUGUGGAUAUUCAGCCUCAUCAGGAAACUCCACCUGCUUCCCUACGAACAUCACAUAACUCUGAAUCACCCUCUUCCAGCAGUGAGAGUGAAGAUGAGACUACAAUGAACCAAAAAAGAAAAGAGGAGAAAGCUAAGGUCCCUGAUGUCACAUAUAAGUAUCCGUCUCUCAGUCCUAGAGACACACCCAUUAAUGUCUCUUUUGUUCCAAGGAAAGCUCUCAAUAUCGGCUUCUCCAAGGAGAGUUUUCAAAAUCAAUCAUCAGAGUCAAAGUAUGAGAGUAUCACCACCACAAAUGAUAGAGGUUUUCAGGAAGAUGCCAAGCCUGCUCCCAAAGCAUCAAUAUUUUCCUCCACCUCCUCAGAAAGGGCGAGAACUGAGGAGCCACCAGUUCCACUCUACAUCCCUGGACUCCGGAGGCAUCAGAAUAUCCAGCCAUCUCAGGAUGCUACACUUGCCGAAUCGUCCUCUGCUAGCAGUGAGAAUGGAGAUGAGCUUACAGAACACACAAAGAAACCAGGGAGAGACGUCACAGAUUUCUCGCUCAGUCCUGGGGACACACCUAUUAAUGUCUCCUUUGCCCCAAGAAGAGCUCUCAAUAUCAGCCUUUACAACUCAGCCAGUACCACAGAUGAGGUGGAGAGGAAGACCGGAGCAGAGGACAGGUGGGAAAGGCCAGGGCUUGGUGGUCUGAAGGCACUGUCAGAGACACAAAGGUGGGACACAAAGGACAGUUCUACAAACAUGAAUGUUUGUUUAUCUCAAAGGAGUGCUCUCAAUAUCAACUCAGACAGCAGCACAGAUGAGGUGGACAGGAGAGCCAGAGCAGACUACAGCAGUCCCAUACUAGAGCGUAGCAUUAGCAGAAAGGACGGAGGCUUUAAGGAAGAAACCAAUCCCUAUCCCCAACUGUCUUUGCCAAAAACAUCACUCUUUUUCUCCACUUCCACUGAUGAGGCGAGGCCUAUAGAGUCUCCACUCCAAAUCCCCCACCAUAGGAGGCGUUUAGUUGUAGACAUUCAGCCCCACCUGGCUCCACCUGCUGCCCCAGGAACACCACCACCUUUCCCAGAGGGAGAAGAGGCAGCUGGUUCUGGAUGGAGGAGCAGGGGACAACAGAGGCGGAGAGCCAUGGAUGGAUUUGGCCGUACUUCCAUGACACAGGGAGAUGAGGGAGAGAACUAUAUGGGGUUAUUGGCUGCUAAACCAUUCGGCACAGCUCGUCAGUAUCAGAGCGUUACCCCAGAUACCAUUAUGGCCACACAGCAUAGUGAGAUCUCUGAGAGGGAUGGUUCUGACCUGACCUUCUCCACUGUAAGACACAGUGAGGCUUAAGACCAACUGUAUUUGUGCUGAUUUAAGAAAAGUUGCAUUUAAUAUUGAGAAAAACGCAGCAGAUGAAAGAGAUUAAAGUUGGAUUUUAUAUUUUAUUACAGAAUUAUACUGUUCUUACAUUGUUGUAAAAUAUGAGUAAUUUGUGCUGGAAAACCAGACAUGUUUCUCGUAAUGGAAAUAGCUGUUUAUAUGACUUUGAAUGAUAUAAUAGACUGAGGGAUUGUAAAGGUGGGAGCAUUAAACACUGUUUGAAUUUCCCAGAUUCACAUCCUUACCUACCUUACUUGAUACACAAAUCCCCUUUUUUCUUUGCCACAAAAUAUAUCUUCAUGACACUGCCUCUCCACAUGAUGUGUAUGCACAGACUGGUCUCAUAGACUAGACGUAACAUAGUAAACAUAAAUCCGGGACACUGAAAUCAGUAUGAUACACUAUAUAUACAAAAGUAUGUGGACACCCCUUAACAUUACUGUUUUCAACUAUUUCAGUCACAUCCAUUGCUGACAGGUGAAUAAAAUCGAGCAGACAGCCAUGCAAUCUCCAUAGACAAACAUUGGCAGUAGAAUGGCCUUACUGAAGAGCUCAGUGACUUUCAACGUGGCACCAUCAUUCUGAUGCCACCUUUCCAACAAGUUAGUACGUCAAAUUUCUGCCCUGCUAGAGCUGCCCCAGUCAACUGUAAGUGCUGUUAUUGUGGAGUAGAAACGUCUAGGUGCAACAACGGCUCAGCCACAAAGUGGUAGGCCACACAAGCUCACAGAACGGGACCCCUGAGUGAUGAAGCACGUAAAAAACGUCUAACCUCGGUUGCAACACUCACUAUUGAGUUCCAAACUGCCUCUGGAAGCAACGUCAGCACAAUUACUGUUUGUCAGGAGCUUCAUGAAAUGGGUUUCCAUGGCCAAGCAGCCGCACACACGCCUAAGAUCACCAAGCGCAAUGCCCAGCAUUGGCUGGAGUGGUGUAAAACUUGCCGUCAUUGAACUCUGGAGCAGUGAAAAUGCGUUCUCUGGAGUGAUGAAUCACGCUUCACCAUCUGACAGUUUGGCGGACGAAUCUGGGUUUGGCGGAUGCCAGGAGAACGCUACCUGCCCCAAUGCAUAGUGCCAACUGUAAAGUUUGGUGGAGGAGGAAUGAUGGUCUGUGGCUGUUUUUCAUGGUUCGGGCACCUUAGUUCCAGUGAAGGGAAAUCUUACCGCUACAGCAUACAAUAACAUUCUAGAAAAUGUUGUUCUUCCAAUUUUGUGGCAACAGUUUGGGGAAGGCCCUUUCCUGAUUCAGAAUGACAAUGGCCCCGUGCUCAAAACGAGGUCCAUACAGAAAUGGUUUGUCAAGAUCGGUGUGGAAGAACUUGACUGGACUGCACAGAGCCCUGACCUCAACUCCAUCGAACACCUUUGGAAUGAAUUGGAACGCCGACUACGAGUCAGGCCUAAUUGCACAACAUUAGUGCCCGACCUCGCUAAUGCUCUUGUGGCUGAAUGGAAGUCCCUGUAGCAAUGUUCCAACAUCUAGUGGAAAGCCUUCCGAGAAGAGUGGAGGCUGUUACAGCAGCAAAGGGGGGGACCAACUCCACAUUAAUGUCCAUGAUUUUGGAAUGAGAUGUUCGACAAGCAGAUGUCCACAUACUUUUGGUCAUGUAGUGUAUGUUAUGUUUGGUAUGUUUACAUAAGAUGGGUUGCUUAAAUCAAAAACAAAAGGAGGGUGGAAAGAGGAGGAAGGGAAGUGCUACUAAGGUACACAAUAGUACAUGUUGGUAGACAGAAGGUGCUCUUUGGUAAAAGGGGUGAAUUGGUCAUCAAAAAGAAAGGAGGACCAAGGCACUCUUCAUAUAAUUAAUUAAAAUGCCUUUAUUAGUAUGGCAUGUUCAAUCGAAACAAUGUUUUUAAAAACCCGACGUGUUUCAGCUGCAUGGCCUUCAUCAGGGAGUACAAACGGAGGGUGGUUGGUCAGGUGGAUGGGUAAGCAUAGAACGUGAACAUCUAGCAACCCAAAGGUUAUGUGUUUGAACCUCAUCAUGGACAACUCGAGCAUUUUAGCCAAUUAGCCACUACUUAAAAUGUUAGCCAACUCUUCCACUAACCCUAACCAUUUUAGCUAACCCCCCUAACCCUUUAACCUAACCCAGCUAACGUUAGCAUUAGCCACCUAGCCACCCCUAGCUAACUUUAGCCACAACAAAUUGGAAUUUGUAACAUAUCGUACAUUUUGCAAAUGGUUAACAUAUUGUAUGAAUUGAAAUUCAUAACAUAUCAUACGAAAUGCUCUGAGACCACGUUGAUAUGCAUCAUAAAUAAACCUGUAAAGAAAGUAA